AUGCAGACAGACCGUCGCAAAGCAAGAAGGACGUCAAAUGCAUGCAUCGCAUGCAGGCAUAGCAAGAUCAAAUGCUCUGGAAAUGAGCCCUGCAACAACUGCCAGCGGCGAAUGAUACACUGCGAGUUUGCUGAAGGAGUCAACAAGAUUAUCGUGUCAGAAAGAUAUCUUCGGGAAUUGGAGAGACAGGUUCAAGAGCAUCAAAAGAACAAUCACAAUGUUCCUUCUCCGUCAUUAUCGCAAUCAGAUACAAUCGACACUGCUGGGAUGCCUUUGGAUGUUGCAGAAGAAUCACCACCGGCCACUGGCUAUGCGCGUAGUAUCUGGACGAAUCCAUUUACAUUACCCUCAACGACGAUUAAAAACACAAAACCAAACAGACGACACUGGAUCUGGCUGGCUCCGUCGUCCACCUGGUCGUUUACUGCUCGCCUCACCAUCAUGAUGACCGAAAAGCUGCACAACAAGUAUCCAGAUCACGCCCCUGUCCUGUUAGAAAGAGAGAUCUAUCCUCUCCAGCUGUCUCGAUGUGCCGCAAAUGAUCCUCCAGAUACCAGUCGUCUUCCUUCUCUCGACCACGCUUUGUAUCUGUUCAAUAUAGCAAAAUUCCACCUCGGCCAGAACUAUCAAUUCUUCAAUGAGGGGCUGUUUGUCAGCCGUCUUCGGGAAUUUUAUCACGGCGACGCUGCCAGUAUCGUGAAUGAAGAUAGACUCUGGUUUAUUCAACUGUUGUUGGUUUUUGCUUUUGGGACAGCAUUUCGUCUGGGAUCACGAAACAAAGACCCGCCAGGUUCGACCUUUUUUGUCCGUGCCAUGUCGCUGAUGCCAGAACAUAUCUCCUUGUGGAAGCAUAGUGUGGUGGCGAUCGAGGUUCUCGCCUUGGCUGGGUUGUAUCUAUACUCCAUCGACCAAAGAGAAGCGGCGCAUAUAUAUGCAAUCCGAAUAGCACAGUUUGAAGGCCUUCACACCCAGCUCCCUGACGAUCAACUCGGUGCUGAAACAGUGACCCGAUGUCGUAAUCUGUGGUGGACGUUGUACAUCAUGGACAGCCAUUUCUCCUCAUCGGUCGGGCUUCCCACGACGACGCAGGAUAGCGAUAUCAGCACUUCGAUUGAGCCGUCGAGUAGAUGCUCUCAUAAGGAGGUUAUUCUCAGUCUCCAGGCGAAACUGUCGCGGUUACUAUCGUUUAUCAUGGCCACGGUAUACAAAUCGGAAAAGACUCAAUUGGGAGUGUUUCUAGAUACGACACGGUCUAUUCUACACUCGCUGGCUGGGCAUGCUGAAGAGGUUGAGAGGAUGGUCCAUUCCAGAUUUCGAAACUCCGUUGAUAGAACACCGAAUGGGACGAGGCAUAUCACCCUGCUAUAUCACCAGUGUGUAAUUGUCGCCACACGCCCUCUUCUUCUCUCUGUUCUCAAAGAGUGGUUUGAGAAUGACAGCCACGAGAGAGAAGAUUGGCAGGACUUUCUCACUCCCACAGAGACAUUGAUUUCGAUCGGCAUUAAAUCAGCCGACAAGACACUCCAGAUAUUAUCUGAAGAUGAUGGCCUUCUUGAGGUAUUCCUGCCAUACGACCUCGAAUUCACAUACGCAGCCACUCUCCAUCUGGCCAUUGCCAACACCCUCUUCCCAAAGGGUAACGACCACGCAUACAGCCAAAAGGCCCAUCUAAUAUUGGACGAGAUGAUAGCCAAAGGAAACAAAGUAGCCGAAGUGCGCAAGGCGGAAUUGUCUCACCUUGAAGCUCUCCUUGAGCAAUUGGCUGCGCGUGCAAAAUCACAAGGCUUUCAGACUCUGACGUUGUCCAAUAGUCCAAGGGCGGAGCAGGAAAAUCACACUGGUGAUGGUGAAAUUAAUGCUUCGGUGAUAGAGAGUGAGGCCUUGCGGACAGAUGCGCUGUCAAGUGAUAUUGAGUUUCUCAACGAUAUUGGCAUUUCGUCGUAUGAGUUUUAUUCCAUCGUGGAUCAAAUCGCAAAUCCGGAUUUGCCAUUCAGUAUUCUGGAUUCCAGGCCGAGUGGGGAGUCAUAA